GCCCACAGGUUUCGAUGCAAAGUAGGCGGAGAAUGGAAGUCCAUUGAAGAGUUCUCCAAGAACCAGCAGAGGUUCAUCCAGACCAACCUCGCCGGCCGAUAUCGCAUCGAUGCAGCCAACUCGGGCAUGACCUGCCGAGAGCACUCCUCUGGCCAACGUACGGAAAUGACGUGCGAGCUGUGUGGACUGGUCAAGCCCUUGGACGAGUUCAGCGGCUCCAGCAAGAGGAAUGGUAGUCCUCACUGCAAGAGAUGCACUGCCUGGAUGGAAACCCAGGAACCUGAAGUCGUUCCCGCGCCUCUCGAGACUGGCCACAUUUCCAUCGAAGAAGAGCGUGGAGAGAUGUGGCCCGCCCAGUUUAUCGACGACACCGACUUCUUUUCCGACGACGUGUACCCCCAGGCUCCUGUCACGGGACUUUCGUCGCUUGGCUUGGACGAAAACGACGUGGCCUCUCUCCUUGAUUCAAGGUCUCAAUCUGGCGCCCCUUCGGAACACGCGGCCUCUGAGGCAUCCUCAAGCCGACCUCUUCCGCCUCACUUGAGAGGCUCCCUUGCCAGCUCGAAGAAGUCCCCGACGCCCUCGAUCGACCAACCGCAUGCUGGUCCGAGCAGCAGGUCGUCGUUUGUGCAGCAACUGCCUCCUCACCUUCGCCCCUUUGUGCAGCAGGCCCUCCUGCCAGACACGUCUUCCGACUGCGCCAUCGGCAGUGAAUUUGGUGACACUCGCAGCAUCUCGACGGCCACGACAGCGAGGGAGGCCAGAGCCAAAGUACGCCGCAUUUCUUUCAACGCUUGGGAUCCAAAGGGAGUGGCCCAUCGAGCCACCAAGACAGCGACGGAAAGCUCGGCGGCAGCGACCUCGGAGGCGACGGAGAGUGAAGCUGGCGGUGCAAGUCUGAGCUCUCACACCCCCGAGAUGGCGGCCAAGAGCAAGUGGCCAAAGACUAAAGACGUAGGUCAUGUUCAACUGGUCCAAACACUUCGGCAGCUGAUUCUUUUCUAG